AUGCCCUUUUCCCCCAACCAAGCGGUGCUGGGAGGUGUCUUGGUAUCCUCCCUGCAUUACAAGGGCACCGUCCUUGUCGGGAAGCGGCACAUGGAUUGCGGCAGUAUGAAGCUGAUGAGGUGCGAGCUGCGCUGCUCACCCAGCGCUUUGAUCGCUAAACGAUUGGGGCGAUGGGCUGCGUUUUCUGGCUAGACAGGCGGCGCCAAGUUCAAGCUGAGAGGGCCCGAGGCUCUGCUCCCCCCCAGCCUGGCUCUGAGCCCCGUGGAUAGGGACUUCUCGACAUUGGCACCCCGUGGCUUUUCCCAGGGAGGGAAAAGGACGGCGGGGCUGGCAGGCUGUACCCGAGGUUCCUUGUCCCUCAUCCCUGCCCUGGCCCCGUGGGUGCGGGUCUCGGGGCUGGUUUCGGGCAUUGUGCAGUGUGGGACCCCGCUGCUGAGAAGGGGGCCGUGAACCCGCGCUGGCACCGGCAGCCACGGUGUUUUUGGAGGCGGUUUGCGAGGCUGGGGCUGCCCGUGCCCUGCCCUCCGGGGGAGAGGGGCAGCUUUGCACUUCAAGGGGGUCUCCCCGGCCCCGCAGACACGCUGGAGCCAAGGGCUGUAGACAUUUGCCAGACGUGUGAACUUUCUUCCUCGCUGGUAGCUGUUAUCUCUGCCCGAUUCCCACUUUGAUGUGUGUUCGCACUUACAAACGACCUCCCGGCACGGAGGGCCCAUAUAAGAGCGGACGGCCGUGGGUCACCCAGCCCGACUCAGCCAUGGAUCAGGUGAAUCAGGCACAGGUCCCUUCGGCAGAGACCAAGCCCAAUGGGGGCAGGCCCCACAUUUGCUGUGCGCCCCCUCCCCGCGCCCCCAGCUCGCUGGGCAGCCCCACGCUGCUGGUCAGGGCCAAGCCCCGCCGGAGCAGCCCCGAGCCGGGCCAGCCCGCCGACAGCGAGCCCUGCGCGGCCGAGCCGAGCCGGGACCACCCCCGGGAUGGCAGCGAGCCCUGCCCGUCGGACACAGCCCCCGAUGGCGGCUGGCUCAGCGCCGACGAGUCCUCGGGCUACGAGAGCGAGAGCGCGGGCGCGGAGCGCGGCGAGGCCGCGGCGGCGGGCGGGGGCCGCGGGCGGCAGCGGCGGGCGCGCACCGCCUUCACCUCGGAGCAGGUCUGCCGCCUGGAGAAAACCUUCCAGAGACACAAGUACCUCGGCGCCACGGAGCGCAGGAAGCUGGCGGCUGCCUUGCAGCUCUCGGAGAUCCAGAUUAAGACCUGGUUUCAGAACCGGAGGAUGAAACUGAAGCGACAGAUCCAGGACCACCAGCACAGCCUCGUGUCCCCGGUUCCGUUCCACAGCUACGCCCCGGGGCCCUCCCCAGCUCUGUUUCAGGAUGGUCUCCACUACCCCUUUGCUGCCCAGCACCAGAGACUCCUGCCUUUCACCCCGGUGCCUGCUGUGCAGUUCAGCUUCUCCUUUCCCAGAUACGACGCAUCCCAAAGCGCCUACCACUUAAUGGCAAAUGAACUGCCCUACUACCAUCAGCACCUGCUUCCUCAUCCUUCUUUCCAUCCCGUUCUUCAGAACAAAAUGGACAGGCAAUGCCACCCAGUAUAUGCAUUAUAGUGAUAGAGAAGUGUUUUAUACUGUAAUGUAUUUUAUGCUCAGAAUCUCUUGCCUGAUUUGAAAGAAUGUCUUUAUUAAAUUAAAUAUGAGAAUUAAUAAUUUUAUAUUUGAUAAUAUUAAAUAUUAAUUAAUCUAGUCUAAUAUGUUAUGUAGAUGGUCUUCAUUGUUCCCCCUAGUUUAUUCAUAAAUGUGUUUAUAUAUAUUAAUAAAACUUAAACAGGGUUAUAUUGUCAACUCUAUAAAAGAUUACACUUGUGCAAUGCAAAUUGCAGUGGUCACUUGUCCUCCUGUGUAAAGGUAGUGGAUUUAAAGGUUAAAUACAUUUUGUCUGUCUUUCCUAUUGUCCCA